GAUGACAUGCAGCAGAUGUACGCGCAAUGCGGGAAGACAACGAGGACGCCGAAGUGCUUGGUGGCCUCGGCGAUCGAGACCACGGACUUCUGGAAUUCCAAGAUGCAGGCGUUCAUCCGCAGCAUCAAGGACAUCGACAAGCUGAAAGUCCAGUGCAAAGAGACUGCGCGCAUGAUUGCGGACUUGGGAGACACGCCCAAGGAGUUCGCCCCGCAGAUGAAGACUAUAUGCUCCAGGCUGGCCCUGUUCAAGGAGAAGUUGCCCCCCGCGGCAACCUGCCAGAUGCUGGACUCGGCGCGCGCGGCCCUUGAGCGGAAGGGCGAGGUGAUCGCGACUGGAGCGCCAGAACACGUUGACGUUGCUGUAGUGCAGGGCAGGCAGGCGGUGCUCUCCGAGGCAGUCAUCUUGUACCCCAUGAGCGAGCCGCUGAAUCAGGCGAUGCUGAUCGUCGGCGCGCAGAUGCAGGAGAUGGCCAAGGGCGCCAAGGAGGCCGCACUGACUGCGAAGCUGAGCGAGAUGGCCAAGCCAGUCGAGAAGGACAAGGAGUAUGAGUGGUUGCAGGCGGUCGAUGUCGCUGAGUUGGGCGGUCUUGUGAACACCAUGCGCGAGCUCGCCAUUACCUCCGAGGACGCCCCUGCCAGCACGGCCGUCUCCCUCGCCCAGGACAUCGCGAAGUGCGUGCUUACGCAGGUCGGGCAGGCCCGCAUGGACAACGACACGCUGUAUAAGUAUGUGGUUGUAGCAACUGGGCUGGCAGGGCUGUGCGGCCAGAGCGUGGACGGCGUGGGGGCUAAAUUGGCUAUUACCGGUAAGGCAGUCACCACCUCGUCUACCAUCGGCGACCUGCGCGCCUGCGGUGCCAGCACCGAGGAGAUCGCGAAGCCUGGCAACUUCGAGCUGGUGAAGUCCUUGCAGAGAUCCUCGCAGCAGCUCCGCGAGAUGAUUGCAGCGGGCGCUGGUGACGGAGGGCCUCCCGCUGCCGUGGCCGACGUCCUGGGCGAGGCGGACGGCUUGCUGAAGGAGCUGCACGGCGACUAUGUGGGCAGGAGCUUCAUCGGCCUCAGGGACAAGCUCAAGGCGCUGAAGAAGGUGAACGGCGAGUACGGCGUCGACGCGUUCGUGGGCGAGACCUGGAAGGAGUUCGUGGAGUUCGCCGUGAGCAGCGUGCUUACGAUCGACCCGCAGUCCCUGGUGAGCGCUGCGCAGGACGUGCAGCAGGCCGUCAAGCUCUACGAGUUGUAUGCCGACGCCGCGUCCGUGGACAAGGACACGAGCAUCCUGGAGGCCGUCAAGCUCUACGAGUUGUAUGCCGACGCCGCGUCCGUGGACAAGGACACGAGCAUCCUGGAGGCCGCCGCCGAGGAGAUCUACGCGGCCCAGCGCACCAAGUUCCAGGGGUGCCUCAUGCACCAUUUCGUGAGGGAGAAGACGGCGCCCGGCCUGCGCAGCAAGUUGCAGGGCGAGAUCCGCGAGGUGAAGAAAGUCACCUCCGACUACAACAAGAUGCUGCCGCCGCUGCUCGCCAAGCAGCUGAAGGACGCGCUCGCGAUGAAGUUCAAGAUCUGA